AUGCAGCGACCUACGUGCACCGAAGUGAGGAUCAAGACUGUCGCUGACGCACACGUGAUUUUCUACGCCGUCAGUCUGGGGAUUUUGCCCAUGGUCAAUCGGAGGUUGGACAGCGAGGAGCGUAGGAAUUUGAAGGCUGGGGAUGUCUAUUGUUGGGAGGAACGAGGACCUGAUGCGGAAGCUACCGGGCUUGGGAUUGAACGUUGGACAGAUGGUAUACGAUGGGGUCCGAGCCGAGUGCGCGAUGCAAGCAAUUUUCUGUUCUAUCACGAGAAAGACAAUUCUGACAUGGAUUUGAACCUCAUUGGGCCCUCCACAGUGCAUCGUCAUUUAUACGUUUCCAGGUUCAACCUCCAACUGCCGCCAGGAGCGUACUACGGGAGACGAGAGAAGCUCAUAAAGCAGACUUAUUCUGUUUUUAUCGACGCGGGUGAGAGGCGCAGGAAAUGGCACAUGAUCGGCUACUUCACACAAGAGACCGCCAAUACGCUGUACUCCGUGAGAGACUUCACCCACCUCGCCCACCUCGAAGUUCCACCAGGAAGCUUCCGAAGCGCGCGCUCAGCAAAAGGCCGUCCUCGCACCAUCGACCACAUGCUCCACACCGUUGAUUCAGGAAGACACACGCCAUCGCCAAAACGCGGCUCCCCCUCCUCCUCACCAUACGCCUUCACACACCGACGUUCUCCAAUCCCCAUACGACCGUCGACCGGCUCACCAUCUUCACACAACGAUUCGCGAUAUCGUAGCAACGCCGUCGACCAUAAUUCAGGCCUACAUCUAGACCCUCUCGAAAUAGUUGCGCCGCAACCCAUGGCUGAGGUCGACCUCGCACCUCUCGCCUUCCUGGAAAACUCACACAUCCCAAAACGUCACCCAGUUGAUGACCGCGCUCUAAGGGCUUUCUCGCUUUCUCCUUGA